AUGCAGUUCAAAUUCAUCACCUGCGUGGUUUUGCCGCUGCUUGCAUCUCUUGGAGUUCUUGUUAGCGGAGCACCCAACGGACGCCUCAUCAGAAAUGUUCAACAGUACGCCGGCCCAGGCAAAGUGGGCAACUCCAGCAAGAAUGUAUAUCAAACAGGCUUUGACGGCGUGACAUGGGACGAUGACAACUGGCUCCUCAGUACCACCAACUUGGAACAAGGUCGCUUUGAAACCCGCGGAUCUGUAGCAAAUGGAUACCUUGGUAUCAAUGUUGCCAGCGCCGGUCCGUUCUUCGAGAUUGAUAGUCCCGAAGACACUAACGGAUGGCCACUUUUCUCUACCCGCCAGUCCUUUGCAACAGUCAGUGGGUUUUUUGACUCGCAGCCUACUCUAAAUGGCAGCAAUUUCCCUUGGCUGUCUCAGUAUGGUGGUGACAGUGUGAUCAGUGGUGUACCUCACUGGUCGGGACUGAUUCUGGAUCUUGGUAAUGAUACAUACUUGGAUGCGAAGGUGGAUAACAAGACUAUCUCCAACUUCCGAUCCACAUUCGAUUUCAAGGCUGGUGUCUUGAUCUGGUCUUACAAAUGGACACCAGAAGGCGACAAAGGAUCAUUCCAGAUUACCUACCGCCUAUUUGCUCACAAGUUGUAUGUCAACCAGGCCGUGGUGGAUAUGGAGAUUGUUCCAUCUACUGAAUCUCAGGCUACCGUUGUCAAUGUGAUGGAUGGAGCCUCAGCUGUGCGUACCGAAUUUGUCGAGACUGGAGAAGACAACGGUGCUAUUUUCUCAGCCGUUCGACCGAUCGGUAUAGCCAAUGUUACGGCCUAUAUCUACACCAACAUGACUGGAUCGUCGAAUGUGGAUUUGUCUUCGCGCAAGAUCGUGUCCAAUAAGCCAUACAUCCACGCCAAUCAAUCUUCCAUUGCGCAAGGCGUGAAUGUUAAAUUCCAGCCUGGCAAGGCUGUUCGCAUCACCAAAUUUGUCGGAGGCGCUUCGACCGAUGCUUUCAGCGAUCCGAAGAAAACUGCCAAAACAGCUGCUUCUACUGCCAUGAAGAAUGGAUACGCCAGGUCCGUUCGUUCGCAUAUUAUGGAGUGGGCAAGUGUCAUGCCAGAGAAUUCGGUUGAUCGCUACGCAUUUCCAAAUGGAACACUUCCUGCAGACACCAACAUCAUUGAUGAUGCAGUCAUUGCUGUGGCCAACACAUACUACUUGCUGCAGAACACGGUCGGAAAAAACGCGAUCAAGGAAGCUUCCGGAGCCCCAGUGAACGUGGACAGCAUUUCGGUCGGUGGAUUGACCUCGGACUCUUAUGGUGGCCAAGUCUUCUGGGAUGCCGAUGUAUGGAUGCAGCCUGGCCUUGUCGCUUCUCACCCCGAGGCCGCACAGCGAUUCACGAACUUCCGUGUCGCCAAGUAUGAGCAGGCACAGGCGAACAUUGAAACAAAGUUUACGGGAUCCCAAAAUCAGACUGUCUUCUCACCCUCGGCUGCUAUCUACCCAUGGACCAGUGGCCGUUUCGGUAACUGUACGGCUACUGGCCCUUGCUGGGACUACCAAUAUCAUCUGAACGGAGAUAUUGGUCUUUCUUUGAUCAACCAAUGGGUUGCCAGUGGUAACACGCAGCUCUUCAAAGAAAAGCAUUUCCCAAUUUAUGACUCUGUGGCCACACUCUAUGCUGAUUUGCUGGUUCGAAAUGGCUCUUACUGGACAAUAACCAAUAUGACUGAUCCUGACGAGUAUGCCAACCACAUUGAUGCCGGUGGCUUCACAAUGCCUCUUGUUGCUGAGACCCUUCGGUACUCCAAUUCAUUCCGCCAACAAUUUGGACUCGAGGAGAAUUCAACCCGAGACCAGAUGGCUGAUAGUGUUUUGGUGCUUCGCGAUAAUGAUGUAACUCUUGAGUUCACUACCAUGAACGGGAGUGCUGUUGUUAAGCAGGCUGAUGUGGUCAUGGUCACCUACCCGUUGGAUUAUACUGCCAAUUAUACUUCCCAGAACGCGCUGGAUGACCUGGACUACUAUGCCGCCAAACAAUCACCCGAUGGCCCGGCCAUGACCUGGGCUAUCUUCUCAAUUGUCGCAAACAAGAUGUCUAUGUCUGGCUGCUCCGCAUAUACAUAUGCCCAGUAUUCAUACAAGCCUUACACGCGCGCACCAUUCUUCCAAUUGUCGGAACAGAUGGUAGACAAUGCUACUAUCAACGGCGGAACACACCCGGCAUACCCCUUCUUGACUGGACACGGUGGUGCCAACCAAGUUUCUCUCUUUGGUUAUCUUGGAUUGCGACAACUGCCAGAUGACAUCCUCCAUGUUGAUCCCAACUUGCCACCCCAGAUUCCCUACCUGAGAUACCGCGACUUCUACUGGCAUGGAUGGCCUAUCACCGCGUGGUCAAAUUAUACUCAUACCACCAUUCGCCGUGCCAUUGGUACCCCAGCCCUUGAUACUGCGAACCCCAAGUUCGCCAACAAGACCAUUACCAUCCAUUCUGGCCCGGACACAGAUACCAGUGUGUACAAACUCCCAAUGAGGGGCUCAGUUGUCAUUCCAAACAGACAGGUCGGCUCUUCAAACACAGUGGCCGGCAAUCUCGUCCAAUGCCAGCCCAUCAUUUCCACCGACGCAUUCGAGCCCGGUCAGUUCCCCAUUUCCGUGGCUGAUGGCGCAGCAUCCACAAAGUGGCAGCCUUCCCUCGCAGAUAAUGUGAGCACCGUGACAAUCUCCUUCCCUGAAUCGGAGAUCGGCACUCCAGUGUCAGGCUUCUACUUCGACUGGGCUCAAGCGCCCCCAGUCAAUGCCACAGUCAUCUUCCACAACAAGACCCUGCAAGAUCCCACCCUGGCCCUUCGGUCCAUGAACAGCUCAGACUACGCGAUCGUACACGCCAUGAGCAAUAUUCCUCAAUCUCGUCCUUACACAGAGGCCACUGACCUUGACACGAUUGCCAUUCCUACUGGCAACUCAACCAACGUAACACUCCCAUCACCUGUUCCUGCGGCGCGAUACGCGUCUCUCCUUAUCGUAGGUAACCAGGCCCUCGGCCCCAUUGACGUGGAAGCCAAGAAUGGAACCGGUGCAACUGUUGCUGAGUGGGCGAUUAUUGGACAGGACAAGCAGAGCAACUCUUCUAGCUCUCAGCUUGCCAAGAGGAAGAUGGAUAUGCGUCAUGCAGCUGCUCUUGCGGAUGUUGACUCGUUUAUUCGUCGGAAGCGACAGCUUCUUUCUUUGAAUUAA